AUGCUGGACGCGCUGCAUCCAGUACUCAGCGCUUCCGUCAGACGGUCGCUAGAAGAAAUGCCAGACGCAGAGGUUCUUUUCAUCGGUCCGAAAGAAGAAAUUGGAGGAGUGAAAGGUAUGCUGGGUGAGCAGAACCUGCAAAGCCUGCGGCAGUGCGCUCCAGACAGUUACGACAUGCUGGUUGAGGCCCGGUCAGAGGAAGUGCUUGCAGGUGCAUGGGAAGCUCGGCAGAACCGGUUUUAUCCGCUGGGCGGGCACGAGUUCAGCCUGUCCAAUGAUUUUAUCAUCAACUUGGCAUCAAUCUCCAAAGUCCUUCGCAACGGCGGGAAGUUUUGGUUUCUGACAUCUGCCUCCAGCGAGGAUGAAGUCUUACCCUUCUCGUUUCUGGCCUUGCCUCACUUGGACUGGAAAGUCGAGGUGGUGCCGGACGCAGCAAACGGCGUGUCUGCAGUUUGUUGCACUUUGAACAAGCAUGCUUCUGCAGACACCCUGCGCAGAACUCCAGCUGUUGUUGCGCAGGAGUGUCUAGAAGAAAUGUCACGCAAGCGCUACUUCGACGCCAUCAGGCCGUACUUGAAAAACAGUACAGGUGAGCAGCUGCGCGUGUUGGAUUUUGGCUGUGGCGACGGUUCAUUGAUGUCAUGGGCGUUUGACCCACAAGUUCUUGCUGAGGAUGGGCAGCGCGACAUAACUUUGGUAGAGUCAAAUCCCGAGCUCGCCCAAAGAGCAGCUGCGCGACUGGGAUCCGCAGAAGUAGUGGUAACAGAAGACGGUGCUCCUUGGCCAUUUGAGGAUGGGCAGUUCGAUGUGGUGAUAUUGGCCUUCGUGCUUCAUCACAUGCCGCUGUCGGGUCGGGAACUGCUCUUGGCCGAGUCUGUUCGGGUCGGCCGCGAGGUCCUGGUUUUGGAGGACCUGCCUGAUGCAGCAGCCACUCUUGAUGCUCGUCGAUUGGCCUGGCAUGUUACACAAGAACACUUCCGACCAUUUGGUCAAGACCCAGAUGACUAUAUCUCCGGAGUUCUGUCUGAUGAUGGGUGGCGGCAUCUUUUUGAUGAGUCCAGCCUUGAAAUCCUAGAGGCGGUGCCCAUCCCACGAUCAUUGCGUUAUCCCGUGCCGCACGUCCUGUACCGCUUGCAGGCCAAAAGUUGA